CUCUCCUCUCCUCUCCUCUUCUGAUGAGAGUGAGGGAUGGGGGAGGGGUCCCAGCUCCUAGCACUUUCUCCCCUCACCCCAAAGUGCCAUCAGAACAGCUCUGGGCUGUGACAUCACAGAGCCCCCACCUCAUGAUAGGAGUCAUGAGGCUGUGGCCAUGGGUGCUGGUGUGGGUGUGGCUGGCUGCACUAGGGGCCAUAGAAACUGCCCCCAGACCCAAGCGUGCCACGGCGUCAGCCCUGGGGACAGAGUCUCCGCGCUUCUUAGACAGACCUGACUUCUUCGAUUAUCCGGACUCAGACCAAGCCAGGCUACUGGCUGUGGCCCAGUUUAUUGGAGAGAAACCCAUCGUGUUCAUUAACUCAGGUUCCAGCCCCGGGCUCUUCCAUCACAUCCUGGUGGGCUUCCUGGUGGUGGCGUUCUUCUUUCUCCUUUUCCAGUUCUGCACCCACAUAAACUUCCAGAAAGGGGCCUAAAGAGCCGGACAAGGACUCUGGACUCAACCUGAGCACCCACACCCACCUCCUCUCCUGUUGAUGAGCAAAAGUUCCCUGCUUUCCUCCUCCCUGACUGCCCAGCGAGCAGCCGGGGAUCCUGUCCCCUCUGUUUCCCAUGGCCCAAGCCCCCCACCUCCUCCCUUCCCAGCCCCAAAGAACUUGGUGGCAAGGGCCUUGGUGGCGUUCACGCAGAUCGUCUUUUAUUAGCGGUCUGUAAAGCACCUCCCAGGGUCCCCCGACCCCAGAUUGGAGGAAGCCUUGAGAGGUCAGUAGCACCAGGGACAUGGCAGGGCCCGAGGGCGCGAUGUGCAGCCGAUGGUGAGGGACUGGGCGCCCUCGCCUGCCCCCGGGGUUGUCAGCACUGGGAAGGCUUGGGGGUAGCAGCCACCUCCUUCCCCCAACCCAACAGACUAGUUCAAAUUUGGGUAAAUAAAUAAAAUAAAUAAGAUUCCUCAA